AGCAAGUACUUCCUUGCAGCAUAGAGGUAGAGAGUCUAUUCUACAGACGAGUUUGUUUUCGAUACAAAUCUUACCGCAAGAACGCCCAAACCUAGAGUGUAGUGGAGGCAAGUCAGUCUUCUAUUUUCUUUUCUUUGCUUGUGUGUCCACAAAAUUCAUCGCGGAGGUAAAUUGAUUUGGAUACCGGACAGCCAACAAGCCUUGAGCCCUGGCUCAUUCUGCUCUGUCUGUGCGACCAACAAAUUGUAAUUGGCGCGUCCUCUUGUAAGGUAAUAAAAAUCUUAAAGUGGGCUUUGUCUCUGUGGAUUCUACUGCGAACUAGAACUAUUUUUGGUCGACGAGAAGUUUCUGUGAGCAUCCGGCGCUUCUACGAGCAUGAUGAAUAGAAUGAAGUCGUGUGGGUCCUCUUCGUGUGCCACAGAACAAAAAAUGGUGGCUGUCGUGGCCGCUCUACUCCUGUUUGUUGCAGCUCUACAGCCGGUUUGUGGGGUCGCGUUAACGUCGGCUCAGCGUCGCACACAGGAAGGCUCUGUUUCCGGUCUUGUUGAGCCGCAGGGAAAUGGGAGUGCGCCCAAAGAGUACCUUUGCCCGGGUGGAUCAUAUUGGGACGGCAGCCUUCGGCGCGCAAUUGCAACAUUCGGGCCGCCCACAACGCACGACUGGUUGACGCCCACAACGCAGCAUUCGGAAGAACCGGGACGCAAAAAUGAUCCCGAAGAUCCUCCUACGAAAGAACCGCAGCGCGAGCCUGUGCCGCCGGGCUGGGAUAGUGGCGGACUUUGUUUCGGAUGUGGAAGCCAAGAAGAGUUCGAACAACGUCUAAAGGACAAUGAUCGGAUGAGCUGGCACCUGUAUCCUGAGUAAAAACGUACCCACACCAGAGUCAGGAUGGGGAUUUUGCAACACAAACCUAUGAGUUUUGUGAGUCACGCAUAACAAGUUGCAGGCUGUAUUGUAGUGCAGUUUAGCAAGGGAAGCCGCAUAACAAAUCCACCUCCACCUCAUCCUGUUCACAGCAUCACAAAUUCCAAAACACGAUUGGAAAUGGCUCUCAUGGGGAUGCGCAUUACAAGUCUUCCUGUCUUUGCAAAUCUGCAUUACAACUCUGGCGUGGGGGCGUUUUUAUUCAGGAUAAGCUGCCCAUCAUGUUCGUGGAAAAAAAACCCCGUACGUCGGACGGGUGGUCCGUGGUGGAUGGGCCAAGCUUUAAGUACAAGCCGUCGAAUAUGGAUGAUGUGUCAGAGUUGAAAUCGACAAAGUUGAAAUAAUUUGUCAUGCAUAAAAUGGAUGCCAGUUGGAACCCAGUUUCUAAGUGGCGCAUGACAAAUUUUGGUGGUCCCUAAAGCCAGUUUGUGAUGCUGUUUAGGCAAAGAAGAGCGAUUUUCUCAUGCUACUUUAGCAGCUCGAGCUGUAACCCCAAACAGGCUUACAAUCGGCCUCACUUGCCUGCUCUGCAACGCACGCACCUCGGGUCAUGCAUUUUAUGCAUUACAAAUUAUUUCAACUUUGACGAUUUCAAACCUGACGCUUCCAUAUCGAGCAAGUGGAUGAAACACGCGAUCGCCCAGGCCACUAAAUUCUGGUCCAAAACCCCUCCGGGGCCUUUCGAGCAUUGGGUUGGACCCCUUAAGAUUGAAAACACGAACACGCACGAUAGUCGCGUGAAAUACGUCAUGAUUUACCGCUACCCCCUGAAGCAGAUCCAGGGGGCGGAGAAAGCACCAUCCUCGGCGAAAGCGUUGAAGUGGAUCAUAGAUCAUCAAAUGCCGGACGUAUGGUGAGCAAAAACGUCUCCACUCCAGAGUCAAGGUGGCACAGCGGCUAGACAAAUCGCUAGGCUUUGGCUGUUGCGCAUGACAAGUUCGUUCUUUGGGCCCGCAAUGUACUAGUCGCGUUUAGCUAGUGCAGCUGCGUGGUCACAGAUCAAGCCUACUAUGUGGAUUUGCAUUUGAGCAUGAUUGAUGACACAUCGCAAAACACCAAUAGAGACUGCCUCUCCUCGCGGGUCUUCGUAUGAGAAACAUUUUCAGCAUGCAGAAGGGCGUUACAAGAACUCUGGGAUGGGGACGCUUUUGCAAACAAUAGGCCGUGAAAAAAAUGACCGUGUCGCACGAGCUGGUCGAUAGCCACUACCAAACAGCUUUGCUUACCGAUAGCGUUCCCGAGUACCAGUGACGGAAGAUGUGACGUUUCGCGAUUUUUCAAAUUGCUGCUUGCCGGAAUGUAUGAAAUGCAAAAAUGUCUGGGUCUGGAAACUUGAGAUGCUAAAAUGUGCAUGAUGAAAACACUUCCGAAUGCAGUCCGGCAUGACAACUUCCCAAAACGCUUUCUCAUAAGCAAUCCGCAUGAGAAACUGCCUUUUUGCAUGGCAAAGGAGGCUGCGACUUUUGUUGGUUAUGCAAUACAGAUUUUCUACGAUAUGAAAAGCUAGCAUUACAAGUUCCAACCUUCCAGACCCAGACACUUUUACAAUCCAUAAAUGGCAUAGCAGGGUCGUGCCAUUGAGGAAGCGAGACCGACUGCGUCGCACAUAGGUGGAGUCCAGCUCUUUUAGCGACCAUUUUUUCCAACGCAGGGUGACUGCGUGCUGAAAAAUGGAAACCUCGGUAGAAGUUCAGGCACGAUUCCUCUAGAUGAUUGUCAAGAAGAGCUGCGCAAUUCUGUAGUAAAAUAAUGUGCUGCAAACGUCAAAGAAACUACAGGGGGGAAAAAAUCUAUCCAAAGUAUAGUGUUUUCCUACAAGUCCGAGGCGCGCCUGAAAAUAUACCAUGCCAAGAACAAGUACGAACGCACACCAAGAAGAAGAAAAAGUACGAACGCAGCCACACUUCAACCAAAUUUAUUUUACGACGCACUACCGCCACUGUCGUGGUUUUUGAAAACUGACAAGAAGAUUUCUAUGUUGUGAAUUUCAAGUCUACGCAGACUUCAUUUUUUGGUGGUCUACUCAGAAUUGCUAUAUGGUGGUCGACGUUCGAUCUGGUCCGACGUGCCUAUACAGGUCUACUACAAGAUCGAGUUGCAGAGUGGCGCUCCUGCAAGUAUUUCUUGUUUUUCCUCUUGGAGGUAUUGGCAUCGGCUCGAUGGAGAAACCCUGGGGUUAUACUUACACCACCUGUAAAAAAAAUCGCCGCAAAUUAUUCGCCGCUCCUAUAUCGAGUGGGUGUCCAAGUUUUAAGCCAAGUUUAAAUUUUGUGGCUUUUGAGAACAGACACCACUGUGGUUUUUGAGAACGCACUGCACCAUUGUGGUUUUUUUACGACGCACUACCGCCACCUUUGUGGUUUUUGAGAACAGACAAGGCGUCCACCGCCGCGUGAAGCCAGACAACACACUUCUCGCGGAAAGAAACGACUAUCACGAUCCACUACCAUGCGCACGCAGCAAGAACAGAUUGCACCCAUCUGGCGCGUGGAGCUUGUUGGGCUUGGCGCUACCACGACAGGCUUGCGAUGUUCCUGUGGUUCCCCCGUCGUCUACAGGUAGUACCUGUAAACUGUUCAGAGGAUCAUGGUCGCGAUCGGAUCUUCUAUUUGUCUAGAUGUCCCCCGGAACAGAGUUGUCCUCAUCUUGAAUCUGCUAAAUCCGAAGCUGUGGUGCCCCUGCAUGCUGGAACGGCUGAGCAAGUUAGAGCCAGGGGUGCAGCCGGGCGAAAUGCGAUUGGCGGCCUGGGGCCCUUUUCGCGUAUGAGCUGCAAAAGUAUCGUACUCGUAUAAAUGCAUUACAAAUUUUCUCAGCAUGAGAAAUAAAAUUUGUAAUGCGGAUUGACCUUGAGAAAAAGAUUUGUAAUGCAUGACUGCAAUACGAGUACGAUGCUCUUGCAGAGCAUAUCGCGGUAUCGAAUACAAAGACACGGCGAGCGUAAUGUUUCAGACUAUCAAAUGCAAAAAUGUCUGGGUCUGGAAGACUGCGAGAUUUGUCAUGCUUGUCUGGGAUGAUCAAAAAGUUUGUGAUGCGUGUCCAAGAAGAGACCCUUUUUCCUGUCAUGCAAAAACGCAGUUUGUCAUGCGAAAAACGCAAUGCAAAGAAGCGCAGAUAUUUCUUAUGCUUGGCCAGACAACACAUUCGUGGAGCCAGACAACAACAUUGCACAGGAGACAACUCCAUUUAUGCUUGCACAGGAGACAACUCCAUUUAUGCUUGCACAGGAGGCUUCGUGGAGCCAGACAACUCCAUUUAUGCUUGCACAGGAGACAAGGCGUCCGCCACGUGAAGCCAGACAACACAUUCAUGGAAUAGAAACAAUUUUCCUUCGGUUCCUCAAUUUCUGCUGCAACGCCACGCGUCUUCAGUAGAUGCAGAAGUAGCUUAAGUAGCCAAGACGGUACUAAAAUUCUGAUCUGAUUUGUAUUUGCAAUCCCGAGGUGGAUCUCUCGGUCGUAAAGGAAAAUCAAAGUAAAAUGUAUUUGAUCCGAAAAUGAAAAAAAUGAAAGGUCGUGUGAUGUGAUUCGGUUUUUUUUUGUGUAAGCUCCACGACCUCUGGCAUCGGCUCUGGAUCUGGAAGGAUAGAGCCACCAUGGCGAUCUGUCAAGAUCAAGAAACAGAAUCAAUGAGCACCAAUUUGCUCGCGAUCGCAAUUAAAAAUUUGCUAUAUUUUGACUGGAUCAUGAAGACGAAGCGCUGGCACGCUUUUAGGCUCGACAGAUGUAGUUGGUCUGGUAUGUUCUUUAUCUUUUGCGCAAUUUUCUCCGUUCCAUGUGGACCUAUCGGUCAAACCAAGACGCUACUCGGUACAAAGUUAGCAACUCACGAUGAUGCAACAAAUGAUGAGAGCGAUCAAGUACCUAACAAAAUGAUGACGUUCUACACCAAGAAUGACAACACUAAAACACGAACCACGAACAUCAGGCCCCUGAUUAUCCUAGUGAUUAACCUCGCAAUAGUUACGUCUUGAGCUACCCAAAUAGGGUUCAUUUACACACGACAGCGCCGGCGUUCAGAGCACGGGACCACAUUCCAGCUCUAGCGCUAAGUUUAGCAGGAAGAAAGCAAGUACGUCCUUGCAGCAUAGAGGUAGAGAGUUUAUUCUAGAGACGACGACGAGUUUGUUCUCGAUACAAAUCUUACCGCAAGAACGCCCAAACCUAGAGUGUAGUAGACGCAAGUCAGUCUUCUAUUUUCUUUUCUUUGCUUAUGCUUAUGUUGAUUGUAUGUCCAUAAAAUUCAUCGCGGAGGUAAAUUGAUUUGGAUACCGGACAGCCAACAAGCCUUGAACCCUAGCUCAUUCUGCUCUGUCUGUGCGAACAACAAAUUGUAAUUGACGCGUCCUCUUGUAAGGUAAUAAAAAUCUUAAAGUGGGCUUUGUCUCUGUGUAUUCUAUUGUGAACCAUAACUAUUUUUGGUCGACGAGAAGUUUCUGUAAGCAUCCGGCGCUACGAGUAUGAUGAAUAGAAUGAAUUCGUGUGGGUCUUCGUGUGCCACAGAACAAAAAAUGGUGGCUGUCGUGGCCGCUCUACUCCUGUUUGUUGCUCUACAGCCGGUUUGUGGGGUUGCGUUAUCGUCGGCUCAGCGUCGCACACAGGAAGGCUCUGUUUCCGGUCUUGUUCAGCCGCAGGGAAAUGGAAGUGCGCCCGAAGAUUACCUUGUUUGGCCGGGUGGAUUAUUGCACGGUAGCCUUCGGCGCGCAAUUGCAACAUUCGGGCCCCCGCGCUCCACCACGCAGGAUUGUUUGACGCCCACCUCCGCGCAGCAUUCGGAAGACGAGCCGGGACGCGAAAGUUAUCCCGAAGAUCCUUCUACGGAACCGCAGCGCGAGCCGGUGCCGCCGGGCUGGGCUAGCGGCGGUAUCAAAUGUAAAAAUGUCUGGGUCCUCUGGAAACUUGUGAUGCUGGGUGGCGUCUCACGAUGAGGCCACAAAUGCUGGGUCAGCAUCACAAGUUUAUUCUGAGCUUCUAGGUGUUGCCUAUUCUGCAUGACAAACUGCGUUUCUGCAUCACAGAAAAUUGGAGCGCUUGGGUAACGUGCAUGACAGAUUUAUUAAGAGUCAUGCCAGACAAGUAGCAUGACAAACAUGCACUCUUCCAGACCCAGACAUUUUUACAUUUGAUAGGCGGACUUUGUUUCGGAUGUGGAAGCCCAGAGGAGUUCAAACAGGAGCUACAGAGGAGAGAUGAAUAUAAUCACUGCAAGCUGCCCAUCAUGUUUGUAAAAAAAAUCCCCGGUACGUCGAACAAGUGGUCCGUGGACAAACUCGAAUCAACCGUUCGGGACACCAACUGUGGCUGGGCAAAAUUGGCGAUCGACCUGGUCACUGACACUGAGCGUGGUCUCUGGUCCCUGGCCCCUCCGGGGCGUUUCAAGCUGCUUGAAAAGCACUGGAUUGGGCCCCUCAAGAUUCAACGUGGCGAAAAAGUGCGCUACGUCAUGAUUUUCCGCUAUCUCCCGAAGGCCCAGAAGGCGCCGGAAGCACUGAAGUGGAUCAAGCAGGAUAAAAUCCCGGCCAAAAUUACCGUGUCGCACGCCUUGGUCGAUAGCCACUAUGUCUUUCAGGAGGAAGCGAGACCGACCACUGCGUCGCACAUUAUAGCUGGAGUCCAUGUCUAGGAGCGACCAUUUUUUCCAACCCAGGGUGACUGCGUGUCGAAAAAUGGAAACGUCGUUAGAAGUCCAGGCACGAUUCCUCCACAUUGUCAAGAAGGGCGCAGUAAAUUUGUGAAAUCAAGUGCUGCAGGUGAAGAUGCAAAAUUACUUUCGAUGUAAAAUAAAGUGCUGCAAACGUGGUCAAUUAGAAUUUAGAAACUACAGCAAGAAAUAAAUCUAUCCAAAGU